AUGUUGGUGUGGACAGCGGUCCUGCUGCUCGUGUAUCGGGUCGCUAGUGAAGAACUACAGAUUGUCUGGAUGGUGCCAAACAACCACCCGCUCUACAACAUAUCUACCAGCAUUGGACCACUGGCUAUGGCGUUAAAACGUAUAGAGGAAGAACAAAUGUUACCUGGUUAUAUUCUGAAGUUAACAUUUGGCAUCAGUUUAUCUGACUGUUUUAGCAUUACGUGGCUCGAUUCCGCCUGCAGCAGCCAGAUGAGUAUAGGUCGUCUGACGGAGUACCUGUUACUACACGACCACAUCGACGUGAUCAUAGGACCACCGUGUGUUAACGCAUUGCAACCAGUGGCAAACUUAGCUGGAUUUUACGAUAUACCGGUUUUUACGUGGAUGUCGAGGGAGCAUACAGUAGACGACAAAUCCAUAUACGAUACGUUAGUCCGUACUAGACCUCCCAUUACGUCACUGGGUAAGACAAAUCCACUGUACAUGUUCUAUUCAAUCAGUGAGAAAUUCAACUGGAGUCGAGCAGCCAUAUUGUAUACGGACGAAGUGCCGAACACAAAAACAUUAGCGCUCGCUAUGAUUACGAAGUUUACUGAAGACAAGGAAUUUAACCUGGUCAACCAAUACGUAGUGUCUUUGCGUGCUACAGAUAACGACUUGCGCGAGAUUUUCGAGUCUAUCAAGAAGAAUGCACGAAUUAUUUUCUUAAUGAUACCCAGACCAGAACUGCGGCGAUACAUGUUGGCGUUUCACGAUCACGGGAUGACCAAUGGCGAGUACCAGUAUUUGUUUACGGAGAUGGAUUUGGCCGAGUUUAACAUUAUCUACAACGAGACGUUAUGGCGGGGACAGGACGGCCGUGACGAUGAUGCUCGCACUGCGUUUGGGAGCCUGCUGUAUUGCAAUCAAAGUCUAUCAGGGGAGGUGUUUAUGAACGGUGUGGGCGAUCGUUUCCCAAGCUUCGUCGUGUGGGAUCUAGCUCGAGACGGCACGUUCCAGAUGGUCCUCUCACUCAACUACACGCCAGGACAGCCCGGUGCAAAUGUUCGAUACAAUAAGGUUGAGUUCCUGCUUUUACUGACGGUUGUACAAUAUCGUGACAUAAUAUGGGGAGAUGGUCGUAUCAGUUCGGAGUAUAUUCCAUCAGAUAUUCCUGAUUGCGGAUUUUAUAACGAGUUUUGUCCACCUGAUAAUGGAUCUAUAAUAUUACUAGCGACUACGAUAUCAAUAGCUUUGGCUCUUAUCAUCACUGCGGCAGUCGUAAUAGGAAGGUGGUGGCGUCGCGAGCAGGAAAUAUAUCAGAUGGCUUGGAAUGUUCCACUUUCUGAACUCGAUUUCAAUUUUAGAAAGACCCGAAGGAGAUCGCUCAUGUCUAUGGGUACGGAGAGCGUUGUGAGUGACUCUGUCUCCACCUAUGCCGGCAGUUCAACCCUCGGCUCCUACGGCUUGGUGAUCGCCGGCGCCUCACUGUUUUCUUUAAAACAUCCAAAUCUGGCUACUCUAGCCGGAAUGUGCCUAGAAGACGAUAAGAUUGACGUAUUGUGGGAAUACUGUAUGAAAGGAAGUCUACAGGGUUUAGGAUAUAUCCAUGGCGGACCAAUAAAGUAUCAUGGUAGUCUGAAGAGCACAAACUGCGUCAUAGACAAUCACUGGGCGUGCAAGUUGACAGAUUUUGGUAUGAUGUCAUUAAAAAAGGAUGAGCUUCUCGAAACGGAAUUUGACGAGAAUGAAAAGUAUACGAGAUUGUUCUGGAUGGCCCCUGAGUUGGUUCGCCUCAUCCUACUGCAGAUGCCCUACAUCAUGACCCAGCAGGCGGACAUUUACGCGUUAGGAGUGAUACUGAAGGAACUGGUCUGCCUCAAUCGCCCAUAUGCUGAGAAGGAAAAUCUCACCCCAAAAGGUUGGUUUUCUUUACAUAGAUCGUGCAGCACGUGGCUCACCCCGUGGGCGACGUGA